AUGACGUCACAAAAAUGCGAUAUCCACGUCUUUAAAUGGCGUACUUUUCUAUUUGCUGUGACCGGUGACGGUAAGGUGAGGCCAGAAGAACUGCUUAGCAAAUAUCUCAAGGAAGAGAUCGGUCGCGUGAAGGAUGCCCUUGUGCUUUUCUACAAUCUCGAUGUCAAUGCAGACAGAUCAAUAACCCCAGAACCGGAUUUAAGGGCAGCUGAAAAGUUUUUCGACACAAACGGUAAGUCACAUGACCAUCUUUCCAAGACGCCAACAUUUCUCUCUGUAUACCCUUUCUCUUCUCUCUCUCUCUCUAUAUAUAUAUACUUUCUCUUCCUUUUCCUCCCUCUCUCUACUCUCUCUAUCUUUCCUUUCCUCUCUCACUCUCUAUACUCUUUCUCUUCUCUCUAUAUACUUUCUCCUCCCUCCCCCUCUCUCUCUCUACUCUCUCUAUCUUUCCUUUCCUCUCUCUGCUCUUUUUCUUCUCUCUAUAUAUACGUUAUCCUCCUUUCCCCCUCUACUCCUUCUCCUUCCUUCCUCUUUAUACUUUUCUCUUCUUGUUCCCGUCGCUCUCUCUCUCUCUAUGCUAUUUCUCUUCCCUUUCUUCUUUUUAUAUCACUCUCUAUACUCAUUCUCUUCUCUCUCUACUUCAUCCUCUUUUCCCCUCUUUCUAUACUCUUCCUCUCUUUCUUUUCCUCUCUCACUCUGUACACUCUUUCUCUUCUCUCUCACUACUUUACCCCCCUUUUCCUCUCUCUAUACUCUUUCUCUCUUUCCUUUCACUCUCUAUACUCUUUUUCUUCUCUCUCUUUCUACAUGAUCCUCUUUUUCCCCUCUCUUUAUGUUCUUUCUCUCUCUCCCCAUUUUCUCUCUCACUCUCUAUACUCUUUCUAUUCUCUCUCUCUUUACUCUAUCCUUCUUUCCCCUUGUCUCUCCCUCUCUACUGUUUCUCUUUCCUUCCUUCUCACUCUAUACUUCCCGUUCUUGUCUCUCUCAUUCUCUAUACUAUUUCUCUUCCCUUCCUUCUCCCUGUAUCACGCUCUAUACUCUCCCUCUCUCUCUCUCUCUCUCUCUCUCACUCUUUAUACUCUUUUGUCCCAUUUCCCAUCUCUAUACAUUUGCAUUUUACUUUCUCUCACAAAAAAAGAAUCUACAAUAAGACAAGCGAACAAUUCAUAG